GGAGGGGCACCCUCACAGCCUGUGUGUUUCACCCAGAGCCGUCCUCACAAACGCCCGCUUCCUGGGGGCAGAAAGGCCAGCGUGCACACUUGAGGCCGGCCGGCUUGUGUUUACUAAGUGGGGGUAGCUGCCCGCCCGUCUCUGUUUACCCAGUCAGUCAGUGUCAUGCCCGAGCUUGCAGAGCGGCACAGGUCAAAGGUCACAACUGAAUGUCUCAUGGCUCCGAGGAAACAGAAAUCCGCCUGGAAACUCAGCGGCCAAUGCCAGCCUGGCCACAUACAGCGACCGACGGCCAGCCAGGGCUGCCCAAGAUGGACUACACCCUGGAGGUGACCCAGCAGAAGGAGCUCCUCCUGAGGACCGUCCGAAAGCUGCAAUCGAAGUCCGAGGGGACCCUUCAACGCGUCGCCCCCUUGCUGAGCUUCCAGCGUGGCAUGGGCAUGGUGACCAAGAGCAGCGUCCACCAGCUGCGUGAGAGCACCUCCAAGCUGUGUCACGAACUGGACGACCUGGAGAACCAGCUGCGCUUCUGCCAGAACCACGCGGUGGCCCGACUGGACGGGGGCGUCUCGGCCCCUCUGGGGCUCCACGUGUCCGCCGACGGGACGCUCUACUUGGCCAGCAGCGAGGUCCCCAAGGUGGCCGUCCUGACCCGGGCGGGGCGCCCUCUGCAGGCACUACCUUGCGUGACAGACGGGGGGCGCCAGCGCUUCCUGCCGGAGGACGUCACCCUGACGAGAGCCGGGAUGGUGGCGGUGACCGAUCUGGCCGGGGGCGACGUGAAGAUCUUUAAUCCGCACUCCAGGUUCGGCCGAGGGGAGUGGCUGAGCCUGGGCGAGUUCCGGUCACCGAGGGGCGUGGCCGUGGACACCGUGGGCAGGCUACUGGUGGCGGACUACGAGCCGGGCAAGGUCCACGUCUUCGAUGUCGACCACUGUUUCAGGCUGCUGAACGUCCGGAGCAUUAAGGGCCUGCGUGGACCCCGCUAUGUGUGCCCGGGGCCCGGCGGGGGGACGGUGGUCAGCGAGGAGUGUGGAGACGUGAAGCUCUACGGCGCCGGGCACAAGCUGCUCUGCUCGUUUAGUGCCACAUACGGCCAUCGGUUCGGGAGCCCAGCCGGGGUGUGCAGUGACGUCGAGGGGAACGUCCUGGUGGCGGACGAGCAGAAGCGGUGCGUCGUCCUGUUCCCUCCAAACGGCUCGCCGGUGCCCCUGGUCACCGAGGGGCUUUGCACGCCGGCUGGGCUGGCAUGCUGCAGCCGUGGCCAGCUGUACGUGGGGGACACGGGGGACAACAGCGUCAAGGUCUUCCGGUACCGAAAUGCGGCUCAUCACGGCAAGGGGACGGGCCGACUCGCCGCAGAUAACGAUGGCUGAGUUAGGGACCCUGAUGAUUCUGGGCGGAGAAGACCGUUGGGGGGCUCAUCUUGGAAUGUUCAACAAAAUUAAAAAGAAAAAAUCUUCUCAGACGUGGGCUCCUUCAUUUGUGCCAGGGCUGCAUGAGGAUGGCUGGAUGGUCUUCACCUUACAUGUGUGGCAGUAGCCAUCUGCAUAACUGGCAUCGUGGGCAGCACAGGGUGGUCCCGGGGAGAGCCUGCUACUGUCCAGACUGCAAUAGAAACAAAGCAGCUUUUAGAGUGGACUUAGGGGUCUCAUUUAGAACCGUGACGAGGACCCCCAAAACACAAAGGAUCCACAGAGCCACUCGAAUCCUGCGCCGGGUGAUCUCAGGUCUCUUGGCCACAGGGUACCCAGGGACACAUCCUCACCAGGGUGGCAAAGCAGCUGACAUGUGUCACCUCUGGGCACUCAUUGCUCAGGGACUUGAAAGGCGCCACACGGGGACUUCAGCAGAAAAUGGCGGCAGGGCUCCCUCUGCUGGAGGAAUUCAGGAACAACGACCACUCAAGCCUGACGACGGUGCAGAGAGCAAGCUGACAGAGGUGGGCUCUGGGUGACGCUGUGGGGGCUUCACAAGGUUCAAACACACUGUUGAGGUGAGAACAUGGACUUGAAGGGGAAAGGCG